AUGGAUGCUGCCCGUUCAGUCACCCCCCUGCGCCGCCAGUCAUUGACAGUGCCCACUUUGCAAGCGGCACCUUCUGGGCCCCUUAAAAUCGGAAAAUUUAGCUACCAAACAAAAAAAAACCCCUCCCCGGCCCAAAGGGCUCCGCCCAACCGUACGCCACAGCCAGCUGGGGGUUUUGGAUGGGCUCCACAGGCCCCCCCCCACACAUCACUCUUGACGUCGCCACCAGAUUCUAGUUGUCCUGGGGGCAAGGUCAGUCGCUCAGCCAAAACUCCUCUGCAAGCCAACCCGGGAAAGCAAGGGCACCUUUUUCCCCGUGCACCCUCACCACUUCCGUCCAAGGUCGACACCGCCUUCUCUGCGUGGGGUAGUAAAGGGGCCCAAAACAGUCCCGGGUCCCUGUCGGCCCCCCCCCACAUCACCGGGCCCUGCCCCCGUGCUCCCACCCCCAAUACGAGCCUCCACGGGCCCCUUUUGAGCUCAACAAUGCCCCGUACCCCACACAGUCUCUGGGGUGAACGGGAAAAGUCGCAUAGGGGCCCAAAUAUCAGGCCACCUAGGCUUCUCACCCCAGGUCCACUUCAGGCGGAUGGCUUCCCUUUUUUGAGCCCUCCUCCUGCUGGCGGGUUCAGGCGUUUCCCAAGUGGGACCCGGGAACGAGGACGGGGGGGUUUCGGCCCCCCUUCUCCCCUGCCCGGGUUUUUUCCCCGCACCAUUCUUGCCUUGGGAAUGCACUCGGAUGGUACCAUCCCUCCACAGUCCUUGACCCACUGUGGAAGGUCGAAUCCGUCCGGUUGA